AUGCAGAACGACGUGUUGUGUGUGUGUGUGUCUCUCUCUCUCUCUCUCUCUGUCUCUCUCUCUCUGUCUCUCUCUCUCUCUCUCUCUCUCUCUCUCUCUCUCUCUCUCUCUGUGGCCGCCUGGUGUCGACAACUGAGUCCUGACCCCGGUUGCAGCGCUCGAGCUGUUGGUGUCAGCCUCUGGGCGAAUGAUUGUCGAGCUGUCGACCGGGGUGGUGCAUUGCCAGCCAUGACUCGCAAAAAUGCAACGUCCAACCGCCCUGAAGCUGAGGAAACACUUGAGGAGCAGCAGUUUGCCGUCGGAGCCUACGUCAUUGCUUUGGAUCAAGCCGGGAAAUGGUGUUCUGGCAGCAUCAUUGACAUUGACGAGGCGCGGCAGCGAUGCAUGGUGCAUUUUAUCAACUGGUCACGAUCCUUUGAUCAGUGGUACGACCGACGAUCGGAAGAUUUGCACCUCCUCAAGUACAAACCCGAGGAUACAUGCUAUCUGUGCGGCGAGCCUGGACGUCUCAACAAGUUUUGCCUCUGCUGCCCCACUGCUGUCCAUGCCUCAUGUCUUGCUAAAGUGUGCAAACCAAACCCGAGCAAGCCCCACCUAAUAUGUGGUGUCCGAGCGGGUUGCCGCGAGCGCUCCAAGUUUGAGGGACAACUCUUUGGCAUCAAGCGACUUGCUGUGCCGCGCGGAAAGCGGCCCGCAUCUGACGCGGGAUCGAGCACUCACGAGAAGCAAGCCUCCUCGCCACCAGCCAAGCGCUCUCUGGGAACUGCCACGCGCCGAAACGAGUACCACUCGCCCAGCUCCACGCAGCCCUCCAGUCCACUAGCUCCCUUGCCAGAUGACCUGGAAACAGACACCGUCGAGGGGUUUGAUCUGUCCUUCUCCGCGCAUCCUCUUCCCGCACCUAGCCGUGGCGCUGAGGCACUGCACGAGGAACCCGGUUCCAUGGCCCGGUCACUGCACAAUAACACUGUUGUUGCUGUGCCCGACCUGGGGUACGCCAUCUUCCAGUCCUGCGACAUCCCCUUUGAAAUGGCAACAAGGCUUAAACAGGCACCCGUGUCACCAGCUUCCUCGCCAUCACUGGCCUUCUGCGCGUUGACGCUGACCCCUGCUUCAUCUUGUCUCGAGCUCUGGAAUCACGUCCAGUUGCUGCCGCCCCGACUGCUGGAAGUGUUAUUACAUCUCUAUUUUCAUGGCUUUGACUGGCGCAUGAUGACUUUAAACAACUUGGCUCGGGCAUUAUCUACUAUUCCACCCGUCAAUGAACCCUUUGACUUGAGCUCGGUAACUUUCUGGGACGAUGAGUUUACCAACAACGGCUCGGAAAUUCUGUUGAUCAAGGAUUGUGACUCGAAUGAAGACUGCACUCUCCUUGAGCCAUUUAAUCCCUUCAGUCAUGAGAUUCUGGAAGAGCCGGGCUCCUCGGAGGACGAACUUCCCCUUGAGACAACGCUGACCCCUGAGGUAGAACAGCCCACCAGCCGUGAACUGAAGAACCUGGGUGGGGCUAUGCUCAGCAGUACCUCGAGUCAAUUUCUCACCGUCAACGGAUUUCUUCAAUGCGACGCCAUCGGGUCAACCCUCCUCAAUCCACGCGACGGCCGCGUGAUGAAACCAGACCCCCUGUUGAACGAAACCUUGACUGGCCCGCCCACAAAGGCUGACGCCGGUCUGGACGACGUUGUUGGCAAGCGCCUCUUCAAGCACUUUACCGGCUACGGCAUGUGUCUGGGCACGGUGGACCGUGUCGUGGAUCGGCGCAAGAAUCUGUUGCGCAUUGAGUAUGAUGACGGCGACUCGGAUGACAUGUCCUUGUUCAACUGCCGGCCGCUCAUCAUGAAGUUUGAGGCCGCCGUCCGACGAAACCGUAAUCAUCGAUCGCGCGGCAAUCUGAGCGACGAUGUUGCCCCACUUCGAUCGCGCAGUCAUGACCGCGGCGCCACCGUGCGACGCCACAGCAGCAGCAGCAGCAGUAGCGGAGCGUGGCGGCACAAGUCGCGACACGCACCACAGACUCUUUUAAACCUGUCCGCUGGUGCCAAAUCUGGCAAAGCGGGCAGAACUUCGCUUCCAUCCCGCAGCAAGACCUCAGCUUCUUCCCCAUCCUCGACCUCCCCUUUGCAGGCCACCAACUCUGUUCCAAGCUCAUUGGACCCGACCCUUCAGGAGGGAUCAACUGUCGGGGCUCGCCCCCGGUCCUUGGCCACAUCCCGAAAGGGUGACAAGGGACCCUUAUUGCGGAUCAAACUGACAGGGGCAGCUGAAGCCGCAGCCAUGCCAACCAGUGCAACGGUCAAUGCCCAGCGUAGUACCCCCGCACAGCAACACAUCGCUGCUGAGCAGACUGCCCAGGCUUCAACCUCGGAGCCUGCGCUGGAUGGUCCGGCUGCCAAAUAUCGCGGCAGAAGAACGGCAUCCUCAUCUGGUCGCGCUGCGGAAACUCAACGUGCAAGCACACAACAGCGGUUGACCGUCACACUCGGCAGCGGGCCGGAUCCAAGCUGCUUACAACAAGGCAAUGCUUCACGGUCCUCGACCACUUCGAUGCAUUCGGAAGCACAGGCAGCAGCUAGGGACCAGGAUCCUCCGCCAAUUCACCAUGACGUUUGGGAACAGAAUAAACAACUUCAGGCCGAAAACGCCCGGCUUAAAACUGAAUGUGCCAAGUUGCGACAGCGAUUGGACCAGUACGCUGCACAGGCCGAGACCUCGCGCCGUGCCGUGACAUUGCUAUUUGAGGCUGUCCAUGCCGAUAUCGAGGAUGCUUCGUGAAUCCUGUAGCUUGAUGAAAGUGUGUCGGCAGGACGCGAUGUGGUCUGGCCAGUCACUCUCUCUAUUAACUAUCUCGUUCGUCUUGUCACGUGCUUUAACACGGAUCAAAUUCAUUUUCACAAG